GAGACACCUGACCGACUUUAACAACUGCCCCAUGUAUGACUUCGAGCAUAUCACGUAGGCGAGAGUUGUGCACGAGCUGAGGAGGCUUAACAUACAGACAGUUUUAUAAGAUGCUGUCUACCCGAGCGCUGGUGCGGGGGCUGCAGGCCGGACUCUGGAGGAGAGUGUCCACCUCCACUAGUGCACUGGCGGCCCACAGCCAUGCCUCAGAUGUGGAUGUUGUAGACUUCACUGUUCCUCAGUACAACAACCGCCUGGACACGCCCCUGCCUGAUACCCCAUUCAUCACAAAACUCAAUGCUGAGCAGAAGAAGCUGAAAGAAAAGGAAAAGGACGCAUGGACCAAACUCAGCAAGGAGGAGAAACUACAAUUGUACAGGCUCUCUUUUGAGCUGACCUAUCCUGAGAUGAGGAAGGGAUCAGAUGAGUGGAAGACUGUGCUGGCAGGCAUCUUCAUCUUCCUUGGCCUCACUGGUCUUCUAGUGUGGUGGCAGCGCAUUUAUGUGUACGGUGAUGUCCCACACACUCUGUCUCCAGAAUGGGUUGAGAAGCAGACCCAGAGGAUGAUUGACAUGCAGGUCAACCCUGUGCAUGGGUUUGCUGCCAAAUGGGACUAUGAGAAGAAACAGUGGAAAUAGGAGAAUCACACGGGUUACAAGUUUUACAACACACAUCAUUAAUCUGCUGGUGUCGCAACAAAGCUUUACGGCCUUAAAACCUAUUUAAUAUGUCAAAUAAAGACGGACUGGAAUGUAAAAAUG